AUGUUUGGUAAUUCCGCCAAUUUAAAUACAAAUUCAACUCCAUUUGGUGGGUUUGGCAGUAGUAAUAAUGCAUCUGGUGGUGGAAUUUUUGGUAAUAAACCAGCUACAAAUACUGGAGGAGGAUUAUUUGGAAAUCAAUCAAAUCAAAAUCAAAAUCAAAAUCAACAACAGCUGAAUACUGGUGGAUUAUUUGGAAGUAAUCCGACAACAACAACUACUAGUGGCGGAUUGUUUGGUAAUCCUCAAUCAAACACUAAUACUGGAACAACUGGUGGUGGAUUAUUUGGAAGUUCCAAUACUAAUACUAAUACAAAUCUUGGAAGUGGUGGAGUAUUUGGAACCUCAAAUCCAAACAAUACUACUGCAGGUGGUCUAUUUGGUCAACCAAAUACUGCAAACACGGGAAAUACAACUGGUGGAGGUUUAUUUGGCUCAAAUACGGGAAAUACAAAUAUUGGUGGAGGAUUAUUUGGUAAUAAGCCAGCUACUACUGGUACUACUGGUGGUUUAUUUGGUAAUACACAAUCUAAUACAAGUAAUACAGGUACUGGAUUAACUGGAGGUGGUUUAUUUGGAUCAAGUACUAAUGCACAACAAAAUCAACCAAGCACGGUGGGGUCAUUUGGAAAUCCCCAGUCAAAUACGAGUACAUCUGGUGGAUUAUUUGGAAAUAAACCAAGUACAACAACGGGAGGUGGCCUAUUUGGAUCUACACAAUCAACAUCACAACCAUCUUCAGGAUUAUUUGGAUCUACACAAUCAACAACACAACCAUCUUCGGGAUUAUUUGGUCAAUCCACUCAACAACAACAACAACAACAACAACAACAACAAACACAAUUAACAGCGAUGACUAGAGUAGGUGAUCUUCCACCUAAUAUUAAAUCUGAAUUAGAACAAAUUGAAAAAUACAUCAACACACAACAUUUAAUAGCUACCACACUCGAAUCAGAUUUAGAAAAACAUAAUCAUCUUAUGAAUACUAUUCCAAAAGAUAUAAAUUAUUUACAACAUAAAUUAUUAUCAACAAAGCAAGCGUUAAAAUUUGAUUUUAAUAAUUUAAUAAAUUUAAAAACUUUAAAUAAUGAAUUAACUGAAGAUAUAAAUAAAAUAAUGCAUUUAAUUUUACAAUUAAGUAUACCGGGUACAAAAUUAAGUUCAAGUUUUCAAUUAAAUGAAUUUUUUAUAAAAAAGAUUAAAAAAUAUUAUGAAAAUUUAAAUAUUCAUGAAAAUGUAAUAAAUGAAUUAGAAACAGUUGUUUAUGGUUUAGAAAUUAGUUGUAAUCAAGGAUUUGGAAAUUUAUCAAAUAUUUUACAAGUUAUGAAGAAUCAGUAUGGAUUAUUUAUGGAUUUAUGUGAAACAAUGGCUCAAUUACAUAAUGAAAUAAAUAGAAUAAAUUGA